UCCAUUGUCUUUUAUUUCAAUUCUUGAAUCUUAAUUGAAUAUAUAUCAUUAUAUUGUCGAAGAUAUAUGGCUUGUAUUGAUCAAGAUGGGGGGCAGCAAUCGGCGAGCUUUAAGCAUUAUUGCAGGGUUUGUAAGAAGGGGUUUAUGUGCGGGAGAGCUUUGGGAGGGCAUAUGAGAGCGCAUGGGAUCGGAGAUGACAGUGCCAACAUGGAGGAUGAUGAUCAGGCUAGUGAUUGGGAGGAGAAGAUGAAUGAUGGGGGGCCGGGCUUUAAGAGGAUGUAUCAAUUGAGAGCCAAUCCCAAUCGGUUGAAGAGUGUUAGGGUUUGUGAGAAUUGCGGGAAGGAGUUUUUUUCCUGGAAAUCGUUUCUGGAGCACGGAAAGUGCAGCUCCGACGACGCCGAGUCGCUGGUGUCGUCGCCGGGUUCCGACGACGGGGACGAGGAUUUUGGACGGAAAGGGCCGGGGUGGUCUAAGCGGAAAAGGUCUUUCCGGGCUAAAGUUGGCAACUUUGCCGGUUCCAGCUGCAGCGAAGACGAAGAUAUCCUACUCGCGAAAUGCCUCAUUGAUUUGGCGAACGCUAGGGUGGAGGCGGCGGAGCAGGAAGUUGAGUCCAGCGCCGCCGCCGCCGCCGCCGCGGCGGUGUUUCUGGCUCCACUCGCCGCCGCUAGCCGGCCGCGCGUGGACAAUAAGGCGAAAGGGACUAUGGCUUCUUCUUCUUCUUCUUCUAAAGGGCUGUUUGAAUGCAAGGCCUGCAAGAAAGUUUUCACUUCACAUCAAGCUCUGGGCGGCCAUAGAGCCAGCCACAAGAAAGUUAAAGGAUGCUACGCCGCCAAACAAGACCAAAUAGAUAACGUCGACACUUUACUAGGCGACGAUAAUGAUCUAACAACAACCCACGACGAUUAUUUCUUCCCACCACCUUCCAAAACAUCCUCGAAAUCCAAGGAUCACGAAUGUUCCAUAUGCCACCGUGUUUUCUCCACCGGACAGGCUUUAGGAGGUCACAAAAGGUGCCAUUGGAUCACGUCAUCUGCAAAUUCCAAUUCCCCAGAAACCUCCGCCCCCCCUAAAUUCCACUUCCAAGAACAGAAAUCCUCCCUGCAGGCGGCGGCCGCCCUCGACCUCAAUCUCCCCGCCGGCGACGACAUGAACGGCGGAAUAAGACGGGACCCCCGGAACCCGUUUAGCUUCGAGGUAUCUACCGACAUUCAUCUCCGUCCCUUCACUAUGGACACCUCCAGAGACUACCGGAACCAUCCUCCCAAUAACGACGACAACAACGACUACUACAACAACGACAACAACAUUAUUAUUGACGAUGAACACCAGAAAAUCGCCGCCGUUUCUGCCCAUGGCGGCUCUAAAAACCUAGAUGAUGAUGAUGAUGAAGAAGAAGAAGAAGCAGCGGAUAGUAAUAAUAAAGUGGAAUUAGCAAAGCUCAGUGGGCUGAAAGAAAUGAAUAGCAUUAAUAAGCAGGGCAAUGCUUCGCCAUGGUUGCAGGUUGGAAUUGGAUCAACUUCUCAACUCCAAUAG